GUUUUCCAGAAGGGCGCAUCUUGUGUGCGCUAUAAAUACUCGGACUCAGCUUUCAGGAGUUCAGUCUAGCGGUGCUUUCUACAGCGCACUAACUCCUCAUCUCCGCAGCCACACACACACAACACACAACAUGUCUCUGGAACGUCAAGUCCGCGCUAAGUUGGCUUCCAAGCGCAGCCCCGAGCAGGAGAAGGAAGCCCAGGAGUGGAUCGAAGCCAUCCUUGGCGCUAAAUUCCCCCCUGGUGAACUCUUCGAGGAUGUCAUCAAGGACGGCACCGUCCUCUGCCAGCUCAUCAACAAGAUCAAGCCUGGUUCCAUUGCCAAGAUCAACACCUCCGGCGGACAAUUCAAGAUGAUGGAGAACAUCACCAACUUCCAGGCGGCCAUUAAGGCGUACGGUGUCCCCGACAUCGACGUGUUCCAGACCGUCGACCUGUGGGAGAAGAAGGACAUCGCCCAGGUCACCAACACACUGUUCGCCCUCGGCCGUGAGACCUACAGGCACGCUGAAUGGAGCGGCCCCUACCUGGGACCCAAGCCCUCUGAGGAGUGCAAGCGCGACUUCUCCGACGAGGUCCUGAACGCCGGUAAGACCGUGAUCGGUCUCCAGGCUGGCUCCAACAAGGGCGCCACCCAGGCCGGCCAAAACAUGGGCGCUGGCCGCAAGAUCUUGCUCGGCAAGUGAGCACCUCGCCUCCAUCCAGUGAUAUUAUUUAUAAGAUAUUUUUGUACAAAACUGAGAAGUAUGGACGCUUAUGUGAGACUGUUAGCCUUAUGAAUCUAGUCAAGCGUGAUGUGGAAUAUAAUCUGCUGUAAUGUAGCAAUGUAGUACCUUGCAAACUUUCCAUACCUUGGGUUCAUGAUAUACACUCCAUGUAGCGCCAAAAUGAUUUUGUACAUAAGUGCCUAGUAUUUAAGAUACAUUAUUUAUUUCCAUUUUAUUAUAUGGUUUUAUAAUAAAAUACAAAACUAAA